UUGACAUCCGUUCAAGCUCGAAACAACGCGAAGCAAGGUUUCGAGGACAUAGCGAGUCAGCAUUCUGGAGUAUCGAAGACGUCCACCAAGCAAAGGCAGUUGCAUUUGAAAUUACAAAUGUUAGAUGAAGAGAGGAAGUUGCAAGAACAAGAGGAUGCGAAGAGGCGUGAAUAUAUUCUUAAGCGAUACAACUUACUGAUGGAACUUGACAGCGAAAUAUCCUCGGCGAUUGAUGUCGAAGAAGAUGAAAAGGAAACAAAUAAAAGGGUAGAAAACUGGAUAAAUGAUGAAAUGAAUAUAAAUCAAUAUCCCGAGUUGCAGCGUGAAGCGCACUUAGAAGUACUUCCCCCCAUCGUCCCGCAAACACAAAACAUCCCUUUACAGAAAACUCCAUUCAGAAUUGUAUCCAGCGCCCAGCAACGACAACCGCAGCGACAGCAGCAUCCAUACCAGUCUAUCCGCCGAAAUCCACCGAAUCAAUCCGACUUUCUACCGGCAAUGAGACGCAUGAGAAUAAAUGACGAUUAUGCGUCGGUUCCCGUCGAAGAAGACGAUAUUAAUAAUUUAACACGAAGUCAAGUUGUGGCACGACAAGCAGUAUCUCGGGAGCUUCCGACCUUCAGUGGAGCACCAGAAGAAUGGCCAUUGUUUCUGUCAUCUUUUACUACCACCACAAACAUGUGUGGAUACACUCCCGAGGAAAAUCUGGUGCGAUUGCAGAAAUGCCUAACCAGUAAAGCGCACGAAGCAGUUAAGUGUACGUUGAUGCACCCGUCCAAUGUUCAUCGUAUCAUCUCGACGCUGAAAAGGCGCUUUGGAAAUCCUGAGGCUAUCGUACAUAAUUUGAUGGCAAAAAUUAGUUCUACACCGGCGCCAAAGGUUGAUAAACUGGAUAAAAUUAUCGAGUGUGCUCUUGCUGUACAAAAUUUGUGUGCAACGAUUGAAGCAUGCCAGUUGGAUGAAUAUAUGUACAAUUUUGCUCUGAUGCGUGAACUGAUUGAUAAACUUCCUCCAUCGAUCAAGUUCGAAUGGGCGAGAUACAGGCGCAACAUGCCAUGCACAAAUCUUUCUACCUUUUCGGCGUGGUUGUAUGAGCUUGCAGAAACAGUGGGUCCGCUAGCUGCUUUGUCCAGUGAAAUGAAAACUCAUCGUCCCACGAAAAACAACUUAACAUUCUUGAACGCUCAUGUAGAAAACGGUGACGAGAUACUUUCAUCGCAACCACUAAUCUCGACACUGUCAAAGCAAGCGGCUCGGUCUUGUUUGGUGUGCAAAGGCAGUUGCUCCAGCGUCGAAAAAUGCACAAAAUUCGCUGAAUUGAGCUAUAACUCCAAAUGGACUACUGUCAAAGAGUUUGGCCUUUGUAGGAAAUGCCUCAAGAAGCAUAACGGGACAUGCAGAUCACAACAAACUUGCGGGAAAAACGGUUGUGAGUUCAAGCAUCAUCAACUCCUACACAACAGCCAACGAGAUGGUUCACUUUCAGCAGAACCAACAAUAACUGAAAGUGAAUGUAAUUCCCAUUAUAAGCCGACCAAUAAAGUACUUUUUCGAGUUAUACCUGUAAUAUUGUACAAGCCGGAGAAGCAUUUGAAGACUUAUGCCUUUCUGGAUGACGGAUCUUCGCAUUCAUUCAUGGAUGCGGCACUUGCAAAGGAGCUAAACAUAAAAGGGGAAAAAGAACCACUGUGUCUCAAAUGGACGGCAAAUACAAACCGCAUGGAGAACGAAUCAAUGAAUAUCUCUAUGCAGAUCUCCGGCGUUGAAGAGCAUCAUACAGUUUAUAACCUUCACGGAGUUCACACCGUUUCUAGCUUAGGACUUUUUCACCAAACGGUCAACAUGCAAGAAUUAUGCGAAAAGUAUCAAGAUCUACGCGGCAUUCCUGCAGCCUCGUAUCAGAAUGACGAGCCGUACGUGAAUAUUACGAAACCGGAUACACCAUUACUAUCGAAGGAAGACGAAAGAGCUCAACAGAUCCUUGCCACGAUCUCUCAAACGAAUGGUGGUCACUAUGUAACCCCUCUGAUUUGGAAAUAUGAUGACUUUCGUUUGCCGAAUAGUAAACCCGUUGCUUUAAAGCGUCAUCACUGCCUGAAAACGAGAAUGCAGAAGGAACCGGAGCUAGCAGCUGUUGUACGUGCAAUAAUCGAUGAUUACCGACGGAAAAGUUACAUAAGGAAGCUAACGGAAAAUGAGAAGAAGGAAAUGGGGUCACAACGCCAGUGGUACAUUCCAAUAUUCCCUGUAUUCAACCCAAACAAACCAGGGAAGACGAGAAUUGUAUGGGACUGGGCAGCCAAAACUAACGGGGUCUCUUUAAACUCCAUGCUGCUGAAAGGACCCGACCAACUAGUUCCCUUGAACGACAUUCUAUACAAGUUUCGAGAAAACAAGGUGGGAAUUAGCGGCGACAUCAAAGAGAUGUUUUUACAAGUGUUAAUUGCGAAAAAAGAUCAGUACUGCCAGCUAAUCUUGUGGAAAGAAAAUGAUACCGAUCAAUCACCCAGUACAUUUGUAACCCAGGUUAUGACCUUUGGUGCCUGCUGCUCGACGAAUUGUGCGCAAUAUAUAAAAAAUCUCAACGCCAAUAAGUAUGCUGCCCAUUAUCUAAGAGCAGCGGAGGCUAUUAUAAAACGUCAUUAUGUGGAUGACAUGCUGGAUAGCGUUGAAACCGAGGAAGAAGCGAUUCAACUAGCGAAAGAUGUACGUUUUAUUCACGCUCAAGCAGGAUUUGAAAUUAGAAAUUGGUUAUCCAACUAA